AUGGCAGAAUCAGUUGAGAAAACCGAUGAAAUCUCCGCCAUUGAUGCUGAUGAAGAAGAAAAACAUUUUCAAAAAGUGGUCAGCGCAUUUCUCUAUUACAAAACAUUAGCGCGGAAUCGAAUCCGUCGGGCAUUUUAUUCAUAUGGUCGAUUAUCUGCAACACAUAAACGUUUAGUUCCAAAAUACGAAGCUCAUCUCGCUCAAUUACUAAAAUGUAUCGAUCGAAAUGACGCACUUAUCCGGCAAAUUCUUAGCGGUUGUGAACAUUUAUUCAACAAUUAUUCCAUGUCAUCCAAUGUGAAUCAAUCGUCAACUGACCAAGAUUCGUUGCCACCGCCAUCCGGUGUGACGUCAAUGGACAUGGAUAAAGUUAAAACAACGAUUAAACAAUUCGUACGUGAUUGGAGUGAAGAUGGACAAGAGGAACGAUCGAUUUGUUAUGCGCCGAUCAUUGAAGAAGUGAAACGAAGAUUUCCUUUAUCAUCAACAACGAAUAGCGAUGAUUCAACAAAUAAUAUUUCAUCUGUUCAAAUUCUCGUUCCCGGUGCUGGUCUCGGACGAUUAAGUUGGGAAUUCGCUCGACUUGGUUAUACUUGUCAAGGCAAUGAAGUUAGUUUAUACAUGUUAAUUGCAUCGCAUUUUAUCUUGAACAAAUGUUCACAAGUCAAUGGUCAUACAAUUCAUCCGUGGAUAUUAAAUUUUUGUAAUAAUAUUACGAAUGACGAUCAAUUACGUGCUGUUCAAUUUCCCGAUGUUAAUACUGCGUCGCUGUCGCCAAACUCACGAUUCAGCAUGUCAGCAGGGGACUUUCUUCAAGUUUACACUGAAUCAAAUGAUUGGGAUUGUGUAGCCACGUGUUUCUUUAUUGACACAGCUCAUAAUAUCAUUGAAUAUGUGGAACGAUUAUGGACAAUUCUCAAACCCGGAGGCGUUUGGAUUAAUUUUGGUCCGUUACUUUAUCAUUUUGAAGAUAUUCCCAACGAAGAAUCGUUUGAAUUGAGUUAUUCGGAUUUACGAUCAGUUAUUCUCAGUUGUGGCUUCCAAAUUGAAAACGAAAAAUUACCUAUUCGAGCAGGAUAUAUAAAAAAUCAUCGAUCAAUGCUUCAUUAUGAGUACGAUUGUGCUUUUUUUGUCGCUGUCAAACCUCAACAAUCAAUUUGA